CCCUCAUUGGCUCAUAUAGCUCAUUCUUCUCUCCGAGUCUCCGUCGAUUGCAAAGCAGCUGCAAAGAAUGGCCUCACUGUCGUCUUCUCUUCGAAAAGGAAAGGCCGAUAUAACCACGCAGAUUAACCAAAUAGAUCAAAAGCUCUCCAAGAAAGAGAAAGGAUCCUUUUUAUAUCUAGUCGAAGUACUCGCAAAGGAAGCAGAUCCUAGCAAGUCUUUAAUCGCCCUUUUGGGUGACUUGCGCCACAAGUACUGCCAUGAAAAGGAUGAUUCUAUUGAUAUUUUAAGGAUUAUACUGGAUAAAGCUAAAUUAAAGAAAUAUGCAGAUAUUCUUUGUCCUCCAAACCAGUUUAGGCCACCCACACUUGAAAAUUAUCAGUACAUAUCUGAACAUGAGUGCAAGCUUGUGGCAAUGAGGUCAUGCCUCAUAAAUCUGGUUUGUUCCCUGACUAAGGAUUUGCUGCGUACCCUUUUGGAAACCCUUUGUCUCAAAAGUGACAGCAAUCCUGAAAAUUACACCUGUAUCUACACCCUUUUGAGGGAGCUGGAGCAAAGAGCAACCAUAUCUCCUGGAAGACUUGAGUUUAUUUCUGAAGUAUUGGAAGAAGAUGAUCGGUUUGCCAGCGUCAGACACAUCAUAGACAGUUACCAGGAGCAAUUUUGCAAUGAAGGACAAAGACACUCCUCUACUGGAAACAGUUAG